AUGGAUAAAUCAUGGAUUAAGAAGCCACACACAUCGGAUGAAUAUGAUCAAGGGAUAAAGGAAUUUAUUAAUUUUGCCUUUCGAGAUGAAUUAGAAAAUGGCGAAAUAAUAUGUCCUUGUAAACGUUGUGGUUUCAAAAAACCGCAGAGUGGAAGUGUAAUGUAUGAUCACUUAAAUUGCAAACCAUUUCCAAAGGGAUACACCAUUUGGGUACAUCACGGAGAGUCCAUAGGAGAAACUAGUACUAUCUCACCUAUUAGUAUUUCUAAUAUAGUUCAAGACACAGUUGUCGUUGAUGAUCAAAUGCAAAACAUGAUUAACGAUGCUUUUGGAGUCGAAGAUCAUGCAAAUGAAGUACCCAUUGAAUCAAAUGCAGAGAAGGAGAAAAAUGCAAGUCAACAAAGGUAUGAAGAGGCCAAAGAGUACUAUGAAUUAAGUAGAGAAGGAGAAAAACCUUUGUAUGAAGGGUGUGUUAAAUAUUCAAGACUAUCUUUUUUGGUAAAGUUGUAUCACAUCAAAUGUUUAUGUGGAAUGACUAAUAAAGCCAUGACAAUGGUUUUAGAGUUAUUAAAAGAUGCAUUUGAAUUUGCAAAUAUACCAAAUUCAUUCUAUGAAGCCAAGAAAACAAUCACCAAGCUUGGUUUAAAUUAUGAAAAAAUCCCUGUUUGUCCGAAUAAUUGUAUGCUUUAUUGGGGUAAUAAAGAAGAUGAAGAAAAGGAGACCUGCAAAAUUUGUAACACUUCGAAAUGGAAAUCAAAAGCAAAAGUUGGUACUUCAAAAUGGAAAUCAAAAGCAAAAGUUGGUGCAGUUGGAGUGUCUGGUGAUGGCAAUAAUCGAAAGAAAGUUCCUGCAAAAGUUCUUCGCUAUUUUCCAUUAAAACCACGGUUACAAAGAUUAUUUUUGUCGUCAAAGUCGGCCGAGGAUAUGAGAUGGCAUGCAAAUGAUAGUAAGAAUGAUGGAAUGUUGAGGCAUCCUAGAGAUUCUGAAGCAUGGAAACAUUUUGACUUGACACACCCUUGGUUUGCAUCAGACCCGCGAAAUGUGCGUCUUGCAUUAGCUAGUGAUGGUUUUAAUCCUUUUGGUAUGAUGAGUACAAAUUAUAGUAUUUGGCCAGUUAUUCUCAUUCCAUACAACACUCCUCCAUGGGUGUGCAUGAAACAUACAUCUUUUAUAAUGUCAAUGAUAAUUCCCGGUAAAAAAAUGCCAGGAAAUGAUAUUGAUGUCUAUUUACAACCUCUAGUAAAAGAAUUAAAGGAGUUAUGGACAACAGGUGUCGAUACAUACGAUUCUUUUAAAAAAGAGAUGUUCACAUUACAUGCAACUUUGAUGUGGACAAUUAGUGAUUUUCCAGGGCUGGGUACACUUUCUGGGUGGAACACUUACACUGGACUUGCUUGCCCAUCGUGUAACAUGGACUCUACUCCUCGUCGUCUUCCACAUAGCAAAAAAUGGUGUUUUAUGGGUCAUCGUCGUUUUCUUGAUCAGAGACAUAGAUUUAGAUUGAACAAGGUUCGCUUUGAUGGUCAACAAGAUAUGCGUGGUCCACCUAAAAUGUUAUCUGGGCUUCAAAUUCUUGAACAGGUUCAAAAUAUUGAUGUCACAUUUGGAAGAAAGCCAGAUAAAGAAAGGUCGGGAAAAAGAAUACGUGGUGGACGACCUACACAAGGUGUCAAUCAACAAUGGAAAAAGAAAAGCAUAUUCUUUGAACUUCCAUAUUGGAAGGAUAAUCUUCUGCGCCACAAUCUUGACAUGAUGCAUAUUGAGAAAAAUGUGUGCGAUAAUAUCAUAUUUACUUUGCUAAAUGAUAGCACAAAAAGUAAAGAUCAUCUUAAUGCAAGAAAAGACCUUAAAGCUAUGGGCAUAAGACCUGACCUUUGGCCCAAUGAAAAUGGAAGAAUUUCUCCAGCCGUCUUUACUCUUACUACUAAAGGUAAGAAGAGAUUUUUAACAACUUUAAAGAAUAUCACUGUGCCUGAUGGUUAUUCAAGCAACAUUUCUAGAUGCAUUGACAUGGAAAAUCUUAAGUUGAAUGGAAUGUUGAAGAGUCAUGAUUGUCACAUAUUGAUGGAACAACUUCUACCGUUAGCCAUUCGAGCAACAUUACCUGAUGAUGUUUCAGCUAUAAUGAUUGAGUUUUGCUCACUUUUUAGACAAUUAUGCAGUAAAGUAUUGAAUGUUGAUGAUUUGGAAAAAUUGCAAAAUCAGGUUGUCCUCACUUUAUGCCACAUGGAAAUGAUAUUUCCUCCCUCAUUCUUCACUGUUAUGGUUCACUUGGUUGUUCACCUUGUUGAAGAAGUUAAACUUGGAGGUCCUGUUCAUUAUCGAUGGAUGUAUCCUGUUGAAAGGUACUUAGGAAUACUUAAAUCGUAUGUACGUAAUAAAGCACGACCAGAAGGGUCUAUUGCAGAAGGAUACCUUGUACAAGAGAUUCUUACAUUUUGUUCAAGGUAUAUAGAAAACAUUGAGACUAGAUGGAAUCAACUUGGUCGUGUAGAUGAUGAGCCUAUUAAUGAGAUACAAACUGACUCACGUGUAGCUGAAUUAUUUCCUAGAGUUGGAAAAUCGGUUGGUGGUUCUUCAUACUACACCCUUACACCAAUUGAAAAGUUACAAGCUCAUAGACACGUUUUAACAAACUGCAUCAUAGUUGACUACUAUCUAAGGUAA